AUGAAUGUUGACAGGGCUCAGAUAAUAUUUUUUCUGAUCCUCUUCUUCCUAUUACUAGGUCCAAAUGGGGGUAAUGAUUUAUCCAAUGAGAACAGGAAUAAAGUUAUUUCUUUCAAGCAAUUUAAGGAAGAUAUUCAGCAUUCGAACGAGGUACUUCGCAAUAGCACAUGGGAAGAGGGUUACGGAGAUCUAGCAGGAUUUUCAGUAUCUUAUCAAGAUGCAUUGGACGGUUUGAAUCGUUCGUCUCCCAUCAACGAUAAUUUUACAGAAGAUCAAAAGUAUUCUAUUCUACCUAACGAGAUCAGUGAACUUGCCAUGGAUAUCUGGAGUGCGGAAGAGGGCACAAAAAAAAUUCGGUCGGGCUCUUUUCCGCUAAAUGUCUCUGGUACGCUACGAGGCCAAUUCCAUAAUUCCAACAAAUCAUUCACUCGUAUACCCAUGGUGUUACCUCCAUUUUACAACUAUAGCCACCCUUUACAAGUGAUGGUACAACCAACAACAGAAUUCGAUGAUCCAACCCCUACACCAAUAGAGGAAAAAGAGUCUGACAUAAAUGGAAAUAUCACCGACUUUGAGGGCGAUCUGAUGAUAAGAAUAGGCUCGUUAGAUGAGUACACUUCAAUUAAUGAGUAUUGCAAGGAUACUACAGUUAUGUCACUAGAGGUCGAGGCAAAUGAUUUUGACGAAUUGCAUCAGCAUAAACUGAAUCUGAUUGGUCUUUACCACCAGAAUUCUGGAAAUUUGGUCGCUACCACUCGUACUGGAAAGUUUGAUGGAGUGCAUGCAUUACCCCACCUCACUCUUUAUCAAGAAUUGUUCAAUCAGAGUAAGAAUGCAAUGAUUCAAAGGACAAAUAAAACCCACUUAGAAGAUUUAGAAAUAUCAACUAUGGAUUAUUUCAGAGAAACCUCGGAUAACUGUGAGCAUGUCAUGUAUUUGCAUUUUGAGAGUACUGGUCUCUCUAAAGAUGAACUACGUCAAAUUGACGAUGAAUUAUUUACCCCAAUUGGAAGACCUCAUAAGAAAAUACCCCCAGUGAAGGUAACAUCUGGUUUGUUGUAUUCUCCUGAUUGUGGUAUAUCUAUAAAUUUUGAUGAAAUUGUUGGGCCAAGAAAGGAAGUACAAGAACAAAGAUUGCGAAAUGUCAUUCUAUCCGGUAUAGUGAUUCUCUUUGUCCAAAUCUUCUUUUCCGUUCAACAAAUGAGUGCCACAACGACACCAUCUACCAUAUCGAGAAUCUCUUUCUCCACACUUGCUAUUUUGAAUCUCAUUGAUGGAUCAUUAAGCAUAUUAUACGCACUCUGUUCUGUGGUUUAUGAAAGAUUAUACCUACCGAUUACAGUGAGUGCGUUUCUCUCGUUUACCCUGGCAAGUGUCUUUGAAAUGAGGUAUAUGAUAUCGAUUUAUCUAUCUCAAAUGAACGAAAGAAAUGUUAGCAUGAGAACAGCGUUACAAGGAACACCGGUUGAUAACAUCAACGAAACUCAACCACUAGUUGACAACAAUGAGACAAUUCUACCCACGACCCAGGCACCAACAACGACCCCACAGCAACAAAACCUUAGGCCUACUAUCCUAGAAGAUGAGCAAACUGUCAGUGGUCAAAUUUACACUAGGUUUUUCUUUUUCUUGAUCGCAUUUACAUUUUUGAUUCUUAACGCCAUUCUUUGGCCAAGAAAAUCCAGGCUGAUCUUUGAGUAUAUUACAGUUUUUGCUUUGAGUUCGUUUUGGGUACCCCAAGUUUACAGGAAUGUUUAUAGAGGGACCAGAAAAUCAUUUAAUUGGGGCUUUGUUAUUGGAACAUCUAUCCUAAGAGUUCUUCCUGUUGGUUAUGUGUGUCUUUACAAGCAUAAUGUGUUUUAUCAUCACUAUGAUCCAAUCUUUUUCAUUGUCAUUGUAUCAUGGUUGGGUUUACAAAUCCUCGUUCUCCAGUUGCAAGAAUUCCUGGGACCAAGAUUCUUUGUUCCAGAUAAGAUGCUACCUGCUGCCUAUGAUUAUCAUCCUGUUCUGACUGAAUCUGAUCUUGAAAAUGGGUUUGGCGCAUCUGAAGAGGAGGGACAUCAUGUCACACAUGAGGAUGGCCAUUGUGUUGUAGAUUGUGCUAUCUGCAUGAGUGAGCUUAAAGUCCCUGUUGUAUCUAGAAAGGGUCUAGGAAAUGAAGAAUCCACCGAGCAUUCAAAUAUUCCAGGAAUUUUAUCCAGAAGAGUAUACAUGGUUACACCAUGUAGGCAUUUAUUCCACUCCGAGUGUCUUGAAUCAUGGAUGCAAUACAAACUUCAAUGCCCUGUUUGCAGAAAUCCUUUACCCCCACUAUGA